GCUGACAUGAUCCGAAAAAAUGCAGUUGAAAGUAUCUUGGCGGAACGUGAUAUUUUGAUUUCAGUUCGCAAUCCCUUUGUGGUUCGCUUCUUCUAUUCAUUCACUUGCCGAGAAAAUUUGUACCUUGUGAUGGAGUAUUUAAAUGGAGGGGAUUUAUAUUCGUUGUUGAGAAAUUUAGGCUGCUUAGAAGAAGAUGUUGCUCGUGUAUAUAUAGCAGAAGUGGUGCUUGCACUAGAAUAUUUACAUUCACUUCGUGUGGUUCAUCGUGAUUUGAAGCCAGAUAAUUUAUUAAUUGCUCAUGAUGGUCAUAUUAAGUUGACCGACUUUGGGCUCUCAAAGGUUGGUCUUAUCAACAGUACUGAUGAUUUAUCCGGCCCAGCCUUAAGUACCACAUCUCUAAUGGUGGAAGAUGAGCCCGAGUUAUCUGUGCCUGAGCAUCAGCAAGAAAGACGAAAGAAACGUUCUGCUGUUGGCACACCUGACUAUUUGGCACCAGAGAUACUAUUGGGAACAGGACAUGGUACAACUGCCGAUUGGUGGUCAGUUGGUGUGAUUUUGUUUGAACUGAUUGUUGGUAUUCCACCCUUCAAUGCAGAGCAUCCUCAGACAAUAUUCGAUAACAUUCUUAAUCGUAAAAUUCCUUGGCCUUGAGUGCCUAAUGAAAUGAGCCCAGAAGCAGCAGAUUUGAUUGAUCGGUAAGCAAAUAUCUCAGA